GGAUUUUAUUGGCCUUAUCCGGUCGCUGUUGCUGCCUGGGAUCCUGUACGUGCGCCCGGCGUCACGUCGGAGCCGUGUGAUUAAUCAUAAGCUACGUCGACGCGUCUAGUAGCAUGCGACCUGCAGCUGUCAGUGCGGGCGACUUCGGAUUCGAAAAGAUCCUGUCGCAACACAAACGAACGAUUCUGUCCCAAGCACCGACGCUCGAAUGCCAGCUAGUUGCUUGAUUGGCACCAUUCCUUCAUAGCGAGUGGCGACGAAACAUUGGAUACUGUGUCGGCGCAAGACAGAAAGAGAGUGGAAGAGGUGCGCGCGAGGCUUGCAAACAAAUAAGAAGCUAUCACAGUUUGCCUAGAGUGGCCUUUGCCCAUAAUGUUUUUCCUACAUGAACUCGAGCAGACGAUAUUCCUUCAUCCUUCCUUCUUCGGUCCUCGAAUCAAUGACUACAUUGAGCGCCAACUCAUCAAUGAUCUGGAGGGUACUUUCAACGGUCGAUACUUCAUAGUGUGCAUUCUGAGUGCUUUCGAAAUGUCAGAGGGCCGUGUUGUACCUGGAACCGCCCAAGCUGAAUACACUGUACACUACAAAGCUGUCGUGUGGAGACCAUUUCGAGGAGAAGUGCUCGACGGUCUUGUAGAAACAGUUACAGAAGCCGGGUUUUUUGUGGAUGUAGGACCGUUGAGCGUCUUCAUCUCCCAGCAAAUGAUUCCCAAGGAGAUCAAGUACGACGGAAAUGCAACGCCAGCUCAGUGGACGGACAACGGUGACCAAGUCAUCGAGAAAGGUACUCAAGUAAGACUGAAAGUGAAGGGCACAAGAGGGGAGGCCGAAAAAAUGUUCGCGAUUGCAACGAUAAAAGAGGAUUAUCUGGGACCACUACCGGCAGUAUAGGAAGACAGGAUAUACCGCCAAUCCCGGAACAUAAACAGUUCAUGCUAAUUUUCAGGUGAAACAUCAGCCGCAUGGCUUCUGUCACAGGCAGGACGCUUUCACAGCCCCCAGACUAGAAAGUCACAUUUGUUGCGCACAACUACUGAAUCCAGUGUGCAUUGGCUUGAUGCAACAAGGGGCUCAUAGGUUCAGGCAAGCAUGAAGCCUUGAAAUACCUUAAUGGAAGUGUGACUUGGUCUAACCAAAAUUUGAAUGCUCGAAGCAAGCAUCUACAUGUGUAAAAUAGCAAAUAUAAUGCGAAGCUGUUCUUCGCCAUAUGGAUCUACCUUGAUGAAGGUUCACGUAG